GAUGGAGCUGCUUUAAUUGGCACACCUAUAGGCCGAGCAGUCAUAAGGAAGUGUGCAGACACCAAACCGUCAAGCUUAUUUAUUCUGUUACAAGACCGAAUAUAACUGCCGUGGAUUAGAACAAUCAGACAAAGCAGAAUGGACAAGUGGAAACUAAGAAUUUGUGGAAUUGGAGUUCUGCUUUCAGUGCUUUCUUCUUCCUUUGGCUUGGAUGUUACUAUUUCACAGUCCACAUAUGAAGUUGUGAGAGGUGAGGGGGUCAACAUCACAUGUCGUUUUCAACCUAAAAACCAAGUGAAUCGUCUUAUUGUCAUCACGUGGACUGCCGAACCUGAUGGGUCAUUUGAUGAUGAAGGGAUUUCUUUUGGGACCUUUUACUCUGACGAUGGCCAUGUAGACAUUAAUCAAAUGUAUGAGGGCAAAGCCCAGAUUACAAGUGAUGUAGAUGCAAGAAUCUCACAACUAAUACUGAAACAAGUCACUGUGCGAGAGAACAGACGCAUCAAAUGUCGAGUUCAGAUUCCUGGCGAUGAUGUGGGACAAACUUCAGCCACAACUUCGCUUGUGGUCCUGGUUGCACCGUCAGAUCCUGUGUGUAAGAUUAAAGGCACUGCAGAGUAUGGGUAUAACAUCAGCCUGACCUGCGCCUCUGAUGAGGGCUCUCCAGCUCCCACCUAUCAGUGGCAGAGCUACGAUGUCAGAAACGUCCUGAGAUCUUUUCCACCUAAAACCACUGAGAACGAUGGAGUCCUUUCUCUGUUCAACGUGUCUAGUGACACAUCAGGUUACUACAUAUGCACAGCGACCAAUAAGAUUCGUUCUGCCACCUGCAACCUCACUUUGGCAGUCAUGCCUUCCACCAUGAAAAUUAGUGCUACAGCAGGCAUCAUUGGAGGGUGCAUUGCUGGAAUUGCAGUUCUUGUGCUGAUCAUUUAUUGCUGCUGCAGAAAAAAGGAGAACCCAGAGGAGUUUGCAAUGGGGCCUCCAGUGAUAGAAUACCAUGACACAUCAGAGAAAGAGGAAAAAGAAGAAGACCCUUUGGACCUGAGGAGGGCUAGCAUUGAAGGGGGCAUUGACCAGAGAGAGAAGUAUGAACUGAAAGCUGAAAAAACCUCUAACUUGCACAGCUCUGAGGACGGCGUUCGGAAUUCAAAUCACCACUUUAACAUCGACGAUGAUCAGGAAAGAACUGCUGACCGUCGAGAAGAUGAUCACCACGAGAGAGAUGAGCAUCGCAGAGAUAACUACAACAGAGGGCGCUAUGACGAUCAGCAAGAUCACUAUGACGACCGCAGAGAUAACAGAGAUCGCAAUGAUGAUCGCUAUAACGACCGCAGGGAUCGUUUUGACGACCGUCAAGAUCACUAUGAUGAUCAAAGGGAUCGUUACGAUGAUCGCUAUGAUGACCGCAGAGAUCGUUAUGACGACCGCCAGGACCGCUAUGAAGACCGCAGAUAUCAUCAUAAUGACCGCCAAGAUCACUAUGAUGACCGCAGAGAUCGUUACGAUGACCACCAGGGUCAUUAUGACGACCACAGAGAUCGCUACGAUGACCGGCAUGAUCGCUAUGAUGACCGCAGAGAUCGUUAUGAUGACCGCCAGGGUCGUUAUGACGACCACAGAGAUCGUUAUGAUGACCGCCAAGAUCGCUAUGAUGACCACAGAGAUCGUCAUCGAGGAUAACCAUUAGGAUUUUGAUUGGUGUGGUGAUUGUGAUCAAUACAGCAGUCUCAGAACCACAGAAAGUGAUGUGGAGACGUAUAAUGGGUAAUUAUGGUGGCCAUAGCGCUAAGCAUUUGAUUCACUGAGGAAGCUAGCAGUUACAUUUUGUUCUGUAUAUAAAAAAUUUAUGUAUUAUGAUUUAUGAUGACAUGGAAUAUUUGUUUGCAGUAAAUUUAAGGGGAUCUCUACUAUUCAAAUCAAAGCCACAAUCAGUAAACUAGUUUUGAUCAGAUUCAUUUUCCCACUGAUUCAGGUAGCUCCUUUCAUAUAUAGAAGCUAAAAUACAAAUACUGUAUUCUGCAGUACACUACACUCAGUGCUUAUAUAAAUGCAUAAUUUAAUAGUAAACCCAAAAUCAGAAUGGACACUUUUUAACCUUGUCAGUUCAUGUCCCUAGUAAUAUUAAGCACAAUUUAUCAUAUGAUAUCAUUUAAAAUUUCAAAAUGUAUAGUGACUUCUAAAACUUUUGAUUUUCAAUGACAUCACUGUGCACCAGUGGGCGGGAAAAAACCUAUAACCAAUAAGUGUAGGGAGCGUGGUGGAAAACACCACCUCACCCUCUCACCACCCCACCUACCAUUCAUGGAAACGCUCAGCUAGCUCAGAGACAUUGGCCUUUAUUCAUCAAAGUUGUGUACCGAAUAGUGGACACUUGACAACAUUUAACAACAUACAAACUCUACAUUUGAUUCAUGAAUGUUUCAUAUGACAAGAAGUUUGAGCGCAAAUGAUGAAACAGCAUCAGUGCGUGAAAUCAAGCGCAUUCCUACCAGCACCAUAUUUACAUAUCAUUUACAUGAAGCACGUGCUAAUUCAUGGAAAUAUUCCCAUAGGGAACCAAUAGGACAGCAUUAAGUGGCUUGUGAGCCAGAGGCUGUGCUUGUAGGCAGAGUUUACUUUAGUUUACUGACUUUUUAGUGUUAAAAUUAUGAUGACUGAAAAGAAUAAAAUGUUUUGUAUUGUUUAUUUUUUGGGUAGUGUCAGCAGUAUAAAAUAAAAGCAGUGUAAUGUCUUUUGAAUGAAUCAUGGAAUAGUUGCAGCAUUCGUUUAUAUCACUGUGCAUGUAAAAUAAAUACAUACACUUCUGUACUGGCCUGCCAUGUGCACAAACGUUAGUAUCAUAGUUAUUUUCGAUUUUCAUUUUCAUUAUUGUUAUAGAUUAAUGAUAGUUCGGAUCAGUUAAUCACAAAUCAAACUUUUUUCAGGUUAUUAAACUAGUACACCCACAUCUAUACUCACUCCAAUCAGAUGUGAGUUUAAUCACUGGGAUACACCAAAGAUGAAACUGAUGAAUAACAAAACUGUUGGUGAAAUUUGUGUGCGCUCAUUUUACAUUCAGAUCUGACGGCACACAACUUAGAUGAAUAAGGGUCACUGAGCUUCCCUCAGAAAUAUGUCAUGACAAGAAAGAAAAAUGUGCUGUGAUUUCUGAUUCCCAUUGACUGUAAAGCUGGAUCUGGGCUCAGUUUUAUGUGCUUCAGCUUCUGUUGAUGAAGAUUCAGCGCUGUGGCUGUCAUUUUGUUGCUCUGACGAUUUUGUUAAAUUUGCUUUUUUGUAUUGGAGUGCACUCUUAAAAGAGAGGGAUCUUCAAAGGUUCUUUAGUAAAAGAAACUGUUCUACUUAGAACCACUAGUGUUCCAUAUAGAACCAUUUCAUGCUUAAUGGUUCUGUGCAUGGUGAAAUUCUCUGAUUGAUGGAGAAUCUGUUGUAUAGGGUUCUAUAUAGAACCGAAAAGGGUUCUGCUAUUGUUAUGAUGUCAAGCUCAUAACAAUAGAAGAAGCCUUUUUAGUGCCUUAUAGAACCAUUUUCCAAAAGGUAUACCACACAUUCUUCAUCAAUCUGAAGAACCUUUUCACCAUGCAUAGAACCAUUUAAGUAUAAAUUGAUUCUGUACAGAACUUCCCUUUACUAAAGAACCCAAGAAGAACCAAUUUCUAAGAGUAUACUUUUAUUUUAACAGGUGCCUAAUUGCAGAUGGACGCUGAUUUACACCAGUGUUUUAAAUAUUUAAAUUCUGACACAGUUUAAUUCUUCUAUUCAACCACAUCUUUUGACCUCAUGACUUUUAAUAAGUGCAAAUAUGAGAAUAAAUGAUCAAUAAAGGCGUUUUCUAAUGAA